UUUAUGCAUAGUAGUGUAAUGUGCUCAGUUUUCAUGGCAUUCUAGUCAUUUUGGAUUGUGGACAUCAGUAUAUCACUCUGUUGAUAGAUUUUGAUGUAAAGUAACACAACAUUUCUGUCAAGAGUUAUUCAGUGGAUUGAAUGUUGUCUGUAUACAUCAAAUACCUCAGGGGCAGAAACUGGAAUACAAAAGUGAAUAAAAAGACUUCCGGGAGAAAGAAAUCAUGCAGAAUCUCUGUACUACAAAUGGGAGAACAGAGCAGUGCUGUGGUGAGCACAGAGAGAGACUGGAGUUGUUCUGCCAGGAAGAUGAGUCCUUUAUUUGUGUCCUGUGUGUUCCCAGACAUUCCUGCCACAACUUUGUGUUCCUGCAUGAGGCAGUCAGUGUAUAUAAGGACAAAAUCAAAGUCUCCUUAUCGGUUCUUGAAUCCAAACCUAAUGAUCUCAGAAACUUAGCAAACAAGAAAGAAAAGGAACUUGGAGACCUACAGGAAGAAGUGUGUAGUUUGGAACAGUACAUUACACACGAGUUUGCAAAACUGCACCAGUUUCUUCAUGAUAAGGAGCAAAAACUAAUCCAACAGCUUAAGGAUGAAGAAGCAGAAAUUUUGAGACAGACGGAAAAAAAACUUGAAAGUGAAGAUGUGUGUAGUUUGGAACAGUACAUUACACAAGAGUUUGUAAAACUGCACCAGUUUCUUCAUGAGAAGGAGCAAAAACUAAUCCAACUGCUUAAGGAUGAAGAAGCAGAAAUUCAGAGACAGAUGGAAAAAAACCUUGAAAGCGUAAGAAAUGAUAUUAUGGCCACCCAUGUGCCAGUGUCUGAUGCAAGCUUGGAGCUCAGGAAAAAAGUCAUAGAGACUCUGGAAGAAAAGGAAGAAAGUACUCUAGGUCUUAAAAAAGUCAUAGAGACUCUGGAAGAAAAGGAAGAAAGUACUCUAGGUCUUAAAAAAAUCAUAGAGACUCUGGAAGAAAAGGAAGAAAGUACUCUAGGUCUUAAAAAAGUCAUAGAGACUCUGGAAGAAAAGGAAGAAAGUACUCUAGGUCUUAAAAAAGUCAUAGAGACUCUGGAAGAAAAGGAAGAAAGGACUCUAGGUCUUAAAACUUCUGUUAUGGCCACUCUGGAAGCAGAGUCCAAGGAUAUGUCAGAACUUAUAAAUCAAAAAACUACUGGUUUUCUAACAGCACCAGAAACAUUUGAGGAUGUUGCUGUCACUUUUUCAGAAGAAGAGUGGAAGAUGUUAACUAAACAAGACAGGGAGCUACACAAGGAAGUGAUGGUUCAGAACUAUGAAAGCUUGGUAUCAGUAGGGUACAAAAUCCUCCCAGAAAAAUUAUUACUGCUACUUAAACAAGAUUCUGAUGAACAGCCAAAGUGUGAUGUGGAGGGAAAACAUAUCACAAAACAGCAGGGUAAUCAAGAAGGUGGCUUCAACAGUAAGUGA